CUUCCUGUGUGUAUUAGGAGAGUGUAAACUUUUUCAUUUCCAUUCCCAAGUACCCUGCAAGAGUAUCAGAAAUUUUCAAACAGCAGAAUGGAGAAAAGAGAGGAACUGGUCACACUAGCUUGGGCGUUGCUGGGCUUGGUAGCGGGCGCCGCAGCAGAACCCGCCGGGCGGCACGUCGUCUACCUGAGCCAGAACAACUACCCGUCGCUGCUGUACAUCAACGCCGCCCAUGGAACGACCUCCAUGGACACGCGGGCCGACACUUCCGACAUCAUCCAGCUGAUUCUUCAUCCGUCCAACCCGGAAGCCAAACAGACGCGCCGUGCAACCGUAGUGUUAACGGGGGAGGCCCAAGGAACGCUCACCCUGACGCAGAGCAACCCUCCUGUAGGAGCGACAGUCAUUGAGGGCGUCAUCUCCAACCUUAGCCCGGGACUUCAUGGCUUUCACAUUCAUCAGCUCGGAGACCUGACCGGAGGCUGCAAGUCCGCCGGAGGGCAUUACAAUCCGUAUAUGCGCCCCCACGGCUCCCCCGAGCACUCCGAGAGGCACAUCGGUGACCUCGGCAACAUCCUGGCAGACGCGACCGGCAGGGCAGAGGUCAACAUUACUGACCCUUUGGUGACCUUAGUGGGACCUCGUACGGUGCUGGGUCGUGCAGUCGUUGUCCACGCGGGAGAGGACGACCUUGGCCGCGGUGGCAACGAAGAGAGCUUGAAGACUGGCAACGCUGGCGGUCGGGUGGCAUGCGGGGUCAUAGGUCACGCUUGAGGGAUGUCAAAGUUCAAUUAUGACGGUGAAUGUUUCUUUUAUCAUGUUUUAUGUUUUUUUUUUUUUUUUUUUUCGUACAGUAUGUAAUAAGACAUUGCACUUACUUUCCAUGACGUGUGAUGGAGAACGAAAAAAACGAAAUGUAGAAACAUAAUACUUUAAGCUACAUUCUGAGAUUUCCUUUUCCUUUUUUUUUAAACUGAAACCAGACAUUUCUCGACGUAUGUUAAAAAUGUGAAAUAAAAAGUCUGGGGAUCCAA